AUGGGAUGUAGCGGAUGCAGAGUCAGGUUCAACUUUGGGAAGGUGCUGUCCAAAGUCUCGGUGUUUUUUACCAUGGUUCUGAUCUUCACCUACUUCUUCUAUUGCCUCACCGGAUUUUGCGAUUCGGCUCCGAGAACUUUAUACAGCCAACAAGCUUUAGACGGGGACUAUGACAUUUUGGACGAUCGUCGCCGCAUUCUGGGCGACCUGCGACCACCGGCGCGUCUCCUCCACGACGCGCCUUCUCACCGGAAUCGCACAGCCUCCGCGGACGCAGAGCAGAUGGACGCGCCCGGACAGCUGCCUCAGCGCGUGUCGGACAGCGCAAAUAAAAGCGCCCAGAGCAACGGCAUCCCCGUGUCCAACACUUUCGGGACCAAAAGGUUUCCGCAGGCGAUAAUAAUCGGCGUGAAGAAAGGAGGAACCCGCGCACUGCUGGAGUUUCUCCGCAUCCACCCGGACGUGAGAGCGGUCGGCGCGGAGCCUCACUUCUUUGACCGGUUUUAUGAUAAAGGACUGGAGUGGUACAGGAACCUGAUGCCUCGGACGCUGGACGGCCAGAUCACCAUGGAGAAGACCCCCAGCUACUUUGUUACAAAGGAGGCUCCUGGCCGUGUCUGCACUAUGAACUGCCAAACCAAGCUCAUUGUGGUGGUUAGGGAUCCUGUGACGCGGGCUGUAUCUGACUACACCCAGACACUAUCCAAGAACCCAGGCCUUCCAUCCUUCCAGAGCCUGGCCUUGAAAAACUCCUCCACAGGUCUGAUUGACACCACGUGGAGUGCCGUGCGCAUCGGCCUCUAUGCCAAACAUCUGGAGAACUGGCUCCAGCACUUCCCCUUGUCUCAUUUUCUGUUUGUUAGCGGUGAGCGGUUGGUGUCUGAUCCAGCUGGGGAGAUGGGCCGGGUUCAGGACUUCCUGGGUCUGAAAAGGGUUGUUUCAGACAAACACUUCUACUUUAACCAGACCAAAGGUUUUCCUUGCUUGAAGAAACCUGAGGGGAGCAGCAGACCCCGCUGCCUUGGAAAAUCUAAAGGCAGACCCCACCCCCAGAUUCCCUCUGAGGUCCUACAGAGACUUAGAGACUUCUACAGGCCCUUCAACCACCGCUUUUACCAGAUGAGCGGACAGGACUUUGGCUGGGACUAACAAAGGAGGAUCCUGUCAUAGCCCAGAUAAAAGGCAGUCUCUUACUUUUUUGAGAGAUUUACUGUUUAAUACUAUACAGGGCUAACGUUCUCAGGGACACGGUAGAGGAAUACAAACUGGGACUCCCUUUGGACCAUUC